GUAAUACGUAGAGCUUCCUCAAUCUGUGUCGCCUUGUGACUUUGUAAGGCAUGUCAGGUCUGUCUAUUCCAUCCCACGUCACGACCUUGAUGCAUAUCUUGGCAUGAAAGCUGGAAAGGCGUUGUUCAGACAAAGGAACUAUUCCCCGAUGCUUGACAAUUGCUCGUCUCUCGUUGGUCAAUGGAUCGUCUCAACUCAACCCUCACUCAUGAUACCCACUGCAACGGCACAACCCACAAACAUCAACAACUCCACCAUGAUGCCAAGCAGGGCUCAUAACUAUUUUUCUCGUGGAAACUCCCAUCGGCCGCGUGGCCUAAUGGCUAAGGCGCUAGAUUUCGGUUCCAGAUCUCCCCAACUCUCUAGAGAUUCCAGGUUCGACUCCUGGCGUGGUCGUAUGAUCUGAUCUAUUUCACAUUUUUGGCCAGUUUUUAAUCUUGGCUUCUUGCAUUAGCCCUGAACAUCACUGCCUUCUUGGAUUCGCUAAUGAAUGCAUUGGGUAUUAUUGUCAGAGUUGUCUAAUCGCUCAAUCCACUGCCUGCUGGCAAACAUCUCCCGUGGAGGUGGAAGCGUCGGCCUUUCUCUUUUGCAACCGAUGGGAACGCUGUAACUAACACAAAGAAUGACGAGAGCUCAUCAUCACGGCCCAAUAGCGGAAACGAGAUUAAACCUUGCGAGGUCUGCGGUUCCACCAAUAAUUAUCACCGGGCUGUUGCACUGACUCGAUUGAACGGCAUCCAGGGUGCCAAUGGUCUUCUUUGGUUCCAAACGGCCACAUGGCAAUCGUGUUGACCUCGUCUGGUUGACAGGGCUGUGGCUUCUUCCAGGUUGACCAACCAAGAUCACCCAUCAGCGCCCGAAUCACUGCUCGACCAUUAUUGAUCGCCUUCUCCAUAUCACCAUCGUUUUCGUUGUCAAAUCUGAUCCUAUAAUCGUCCAAAUCCGAGCCGGAUGCUUCGAGUAAGGCAUUGCGGACCGAGAAAAAUGUUUGACAGAUCGUGCCCAAUACCGUGUCGAGAGAUGUGUAGAUCAAUUCAUCUUCGAAACUCCAUUGUUGCCUGGCUUUGAGGGCUGGCCGGAGGUAGUGUACCCGGCAUUGCUCAAUAGCAUCGGCAGUCCUGUUAACCUCUCUUUGAUCUACCAUGGACUUGUCAUCGGGUGAUGGCGGAGCGUCGUACCAGGUCAAUGUGGCAGCCUCGACCUCAUCGAUGAAAUAGUGCGACUGCAACGGUUCGUGCACCAUAAGUGCCAGUCUCUUACUGUAACGAGCGAUGACAAGGUCCGCCACGCUUUGCCAAUCCACGAUAAACCUCCGAGGUUGACGCAACACAUCGGCCAAGUACGUCUUGACAUCUUUGAGCUCCUCCAGCUUCGCCGAACCAAGUCUCUUCAGGUCUGGGCGCCCCACGACAGUACUGGAGAUGUUGAUGGGAAAGAAGAGGCCGGACACCAUUGACGAGAAAUCGAUUCGAAGUCGAUUAGCUCCGACACCAUCGUAUCGCUCGCCAAUCGCCCUCACGAAUUGGAACCUUGCCAAGCCGGAUUUCCCCAUGAUACGGUCCAUCACCUCUGUACGCAUAAUGCUGACCAGAUCUAAGCUGUCCGCAAAGUUGCAAUGGAUAAUUUCGAUGCCAGCCUCAAUUCGAACGAAGCCAUCGAUGCCCCAUUCAGAUGCUAGUUCGCACAAAUCAUGAGCUCGGUUCUGUUCAUCGAAACUUCCCCUAUUGGUGUUGUUCUCGCGAAGGACCAGAUCUUGUGAAUCGAGUGUGCCCAUGUCGGUUUUUCCAGCACUCAUGCCAUCAAUCACCAGAACUUUGAGGUCACGGUUUGUCUGGUAUGUGUGAAGGUAACCUCUCACGACACCAGGGUUGUCGUCCCCCUUUGUGUCAGCAACCUUAUCCAACGGAUCGUUGCCAUUGCCGGUCUUUAUAUCCUCGCUGCGACGUCGUAAUUCCUGACGGUCUCCCUCCCCAGUCUGUCCCUUAUCCGCAUCUGGCUUCUUUUUACCAGGAGGAGGUCCUGGCGGCGCUCCAGGGUGCUUUCCGCCAGGCCGAUACUUGAAAGAUCGGGCGAAGUUUUCGGCGUGUUCGAUAUCAAAAGCCAACCACUCGGGCCCAGUCGGUGUUACGUUUUGUCGAGAACCGUGGUAAAACAGGGCGCCUUGAGGUACAGUAGCUGGAAAGAAGCCAAAUCCAUUAUGGUACAGGGCAGAACCCCAUUCUCGACCUGCGGAAUGGAUCGUAUUAAAAACCAUAUACGCCCUCUCUUUGGCAUACUCGUGCUCUGGCAGGAUUCGUUCACGGCUGCUCGCGACACCAGAAGCGAGCGCUAAAACACCCAAAACACCGAGCGAAGCCUUUGGAACCAUUCUAAACCGCUGAAAUUCUGAAUAUUAUUUCCUGUGAAAUGAGUAUUACGUGACUCCGAGGUCAGGAUGCCUCACAUCAGCGAACAUUGGAAAAUGUCGGGACCACGUCUUCAGCCGCGCGGCCAGUCACAUCGUAGAUCCCGACUAGCCGGUUGCUGCUAACCCAUUCCUGCGAUCAAGGAUCGGAGACCGAUCUUAUCUCAGUGGAGAUGGUUGCAACAUCACCAGAUUGAUAAGAACCGGCUUGCAUCGGAGAUGUAUGCCUGCAAUUGACUUGGUGACAGUUGGGAGGGGCAUUUUGGCUGGUAAAUUGGCUCAAGUUAGCUCUUUGACCUCUUGAAAGAUCCUGUUUUUCUUCAUGACAGCACCGUAGGUGAUUACCAGCUUUUUAAGGCGAACCGCAUGCCUGUGAAGGAAAGUUUCAAAUGCGCAAGUUGACGCAUCGUAUGGAUCGAACUCGUGUCUUUGACCAUCACGACUUUGGGAUAAUUGCUUACCAAUAUUGUGGUGGUGUUGAAACGUCCAGGAGGCUACCCAGUUUCUUGCGAUAUUCCCUGGACAUGUGUGCUCAUGCCAUUCAUAAAUUUUAUCAGGGACUUCAAGGCCCACGGAGCGUCUCCAUCCUUGAUGGCUUUGAAGCAUGAGGGCACGGGGUAAUGUGUUACCACACUCAAUGAACAAGGGUUGCACUGAGCUCGACGGUACAGGUACAUGCAGUACUUGCAUCGUGGGUUCCACCGCUCUAUGUUCUGCCGCCUUUUCUGUGAAACUCGAGGAUUGAAGCACAUGCAAUCUCUGUACGGCGCCCGGAAGCUUAUCCGUCCGCUUUGGAUCUGUUGGGGGACCUUGUCCGACACAUCCAGGACAAAAGCAGAUCCAAUGAAGAUGUUGCUGAGGCACAUGC